AUGGAGCCAUACCAAUUCCCGCAGGUCAUGGCCAGCGUGCGGAAAACGGACGAUGCAAUCACUACUGGCCACGCUUCGAAACAGCUCGCGGACACAAUCGACCUACAGCUAUCGGAGCUGGAGGUAGCAUCUCGGCAGCUACGCUCCUCGCGCAAUGCUUUCCAGCCACUCCUGCGUCUUCCAAUAGAGACAUUAGGAGAGAUUGCCGAGAUCCUUACCACAAUCUGGCCCUCGUGUAGCGGUUAUGCGCCUUUCAAUGCCAGCCUAACCCGCGUUGUCCACGAGCCCAAGGACCGGGAUCUCAAACUCGGCUGGAUUCUACUUGGACACGUCUGUCGGAGGCUCAGGCAGUCUGUACUCUCACGCAACGACCUCUGGGCGAAGAAUAUUUGUAGUAUAUCUUACUCACCGGAAACAGUACUCCCCUACUGUCACAACGCUCCACUCGACAUCACUAUCUCACAUUACAACCGGAAGACCGAUCCUGGUCCGCCCUCUUCCUGUGCGAGCUUCAUCGUCAAGAACAUGGAGGCUGCACGUAGCAUCUCGAUACGAGAGAGGGUGCCGUGGGCCCCGAACGCCAUUUUUGCGCACCUGGACCCAGCCGUGUUCUCGUCAACCACCUUUACAAGACUCACGCAGCUCAUGUUGUAUGCGGACAAGGUCUCCUCGCGCCUAGAUCAACUCGCUUUGACGCAGGACAUCUUUCUAUUGCCUGAAAUGGUAGCACCUCAACUUCGCACGCUAAGUCUGACGAACUACAUGCUACCUUUCGACUCAUCUACAUUGGCGAGUCUCUCGAUUGAGUUCACGCAACCGAACUACCUACACACGCCUACCGCAUUCCUAGCUUUACUCCGGCGCUGUCAGCAGCUGCGAUCUCUCGAGCUAAAAGGAUGCGUACCAUUGCUCCCAAUGAACGAGAACGAGACGAUCUCUCUCCCAUUGCUCCGAUACAUACACAUCCAUGAUUCAAUUCGACGGUGCAUCGGGUUCCUGGCCCGUGUAAACACGUUUAACGCAACAUCUCACCGCAUCGUGGCCAACAAGGCUGCGACUGAAUACCCCGGGUCUUACACUUUCUUCGACGACAUCGCACUUCAAUUUCAAACUCGACUCCACAAUACCCCGAUAAGCGGGUUGAAGAUCUACUUCGACAUCUGGUCCUGUGGGUUCGCCCUUUAUCAGCCUGGGCUACCCAAUGAUCCUUCCUACGAGGACUCCGGCCCAUUCGUUGACUUUCACGAGCAGUUACAUUGCUGCUUCGCGCACAUUCGGCGCCAUGAGCCGAUACUUCCACACAUCUUCGCGUCGCUGCCGAACGUCGUCGAUCUUGCCGCCAUCAAUAUCCUCUCGAUUGACAGUGCGAAACACGUCUCGUACGAUGCGACGUUUUGGUCUACCGAACUUGCGCGCGUUCCAGCCGUAGAGAUGCUCUAUCUGGCGGACAUGGACUGUACGGCAGCACUGUUCUCUCUUGCACCCGCCGGUCCUGGACAGGAUGCCAUUUUGCCACGCUUGAAUACUCUUUGGAUGGAAGUUCUUGACUUCAGAGAAGAGCUGGGAGAGGGGGGGAGGAACGGCCCGAAUAGCUCUCAGUUCCUUCAGAUACUGUCGUCACGGUCGCACAGUGGAAGGCCGAUCAAGCACUUGCGCAUUGAUCUGCUUCUUGUUGCGGAUCCCGAGCAGGCUUCUAGAGUGUUAGUACCACGCUUAAAGGCCCUCGUUCCGCUCGUGGAGGUCGCGGAAGUCCUACAGAGGAAUCCUGACACGGAAUGGGAUGACGAGUCGCUCAGGGCGCCUGAUGCUGACUCUGAGGAUACCUGA